AUGCCCCUCUUACUACGUGCUAUCGAAUGGCUGUUGGAGGCACAAUUUGAAAGCCAUUCAAGUUCCUUUUAUGCCUCUUCUGAAGCUGUUGGCUGUGGUAAAAUUGUGCAGGAUAACCAAGAUUCGCAGAAAGUUGAAUGUAUAUACUUGGGUUCAUGUUGCUGUGUUUUUAGUAUUUUUCCACCUGUGAAUCUGGUGUUUCCAGAAGAUGCGCAGUGGUAA